GUUAAAGACGCUGGCCAGGGCUGGGCGGCCGGUCGGGAGAGCCGGCUUGAGCGCGCCGGCGGCAGAGCGCUAGAGGAGUAGGCAUGCACCCCGAGGCCUCGGAGCUUGCGGCGGACGGGACGGCGGAGCUGGGCCAGGCGCAGGAGCCGGUCGUGGAGGAGUCCACGGGCGACCACGGGGACGGGAGCCACGGGGGCCGCAAAGAAGAAUGACGAAACGUUUCCUGCAACAACUCUGCAAGCAGCACAAGCUUUACGUCACCCCAGCGCUGAACGAUUCGCUGUACUUGCACUUUAAAGCGCGUGCUACACUUGAUGGGCAACCCCGUGGUGAAGCGCAUCCCCAACUACCGGAGGACAGUCACCGUCCGGCUGAAACGCUUAACGUACCUGGACGACAGGCCGGUGUUCCCAAAGGACAGAGCUUGUGCAGAGGCCUGGGCCACCGGAGGGUACGCGGCAGAGAAGGAGGAGAGGCAGCGGUGGGAGAGCAGGGAGCGGAAGAAGAUCACAGACAGCGUGGAAGCCUUGGCCAUGAUCAAGCGGCGUGCGGAGGAGAGGAAGAGGCAGAGAGAAAGUCAGGAGCGAGGGGAGACGCCGCCGGCGGCCGACUCCGCCAGCACCAGCGCCGAGGGAGAGGAGGCGCCACCCCAGGACAGAGAAACACCCAGCAAGAUGGAGUUGUUCGUGGAGCAAAGCUUCGCGGCCAAGGAUGAGCUGUUCCCGGAAGGGCCACGUGGAGAGGAGGAGCUGCCCGCAGAGGCUGCCGGGACCACAGACCACCCGCAGCCAGGCGAGGACCUCCCGGCUGGGCCCCCGAGCCCGCUGGCCCCCAGGGAUGCCCAGGAAGGGUUGGCUCCCCAGCAGGCGGCUCCAGAAGUGGGCGCGGCUGGAACGGAAGACGCAGGAACCCCAGAAGCGGACACAGAGGAGACGCUCCUCAUCGCUGACCUCCCUGAUUUGGAAGACACCGACGACCCAGGAGACUCUCUGGAAGGCCAGGGAACGUGCGUCCCGAGGGUCCAGGCCAUCUCCAGCCUGAGCGAGGACAGUGACCCGGAGCUGGAGCGCCCGCCCACAGACACCCUCUCCAGCAUCUUUGCAGUCUCCAAGGCCGUCUCCGAGAAGGCCGAGACGCCGUUCACAGACACGCUCAGGAUACAAGCAAAGGACCCGGGUGUCCGAACUGCAGUCGCCAAGCCGGCGCGACCGCUGAUUGAGGAGCUGCCAAACAGCCCCUGGCCAACCCCCGCCAGCAGCGGAGAUGCCACACCCCCUCCCUGCAGGGAGGGCGGGGACAGCACCCCCUGCAUGGCCUCUCCCUCAGGGAACACAAUGGAAAAGAAGGAACCACGGUCUGAAACAGAGCCCAAGUUGAGGGUGGGGGCAGGCCAGGAGGACAUCGAAUUCGGCUUGGACUGAACGGCUCCGUGUCAAGCCCUCCCCCCAGCUCUCCCUCCCCAGAGCAUCGCUGGGGUCCCCCGCUCGCCCCCUCGGCUCCCUCAGCCCUGGCUGCGGGGCCGCGCCGUGAAGCGUGUGCUCAGAGCGUCCGUCCGCCCACUGCGCUGUGUGCCUGUCCAUGCCUCCUUGCACAUAAACACCUUCACAUCCA